GGGGAAAGGGGCUAAAGGUUGCAAGGCCGGCCUGGCUGCCUUCUUUCCCUUCCCUUCCCUUCCUCUGGCCGCCUUGCUGCCUCUGCCCCCGAAAGAAGAAGCGCCGUCGCCCUUGGGGACGCCAUGGAGUUCUCUGAGGAGAAACUGAGGAAAUGCCUGACCAAGUAUAAAUUUCGAGAUCUGACCAUAGAAGAACUGAAGAGUGUAAACGAAUUAUAUCCAAAUGUCAGAUUUGCCAUGAGCACCUAUUCUUUCAAGGAUGGGUCUCAGAAAGACCUUCUGAAUUUUAGCGGCACUGUUCCAGUAAAAUAUCAAGGAAAUUCUUACAACAUUCCAAUUUGCCUAUGGAUUUUAGAUUCUCAUCCAUUUACUCCUCCAAUUUGCUUCUUGAAGCCCACAGCAAACAUGGGAAUUUCUGUAGGAAAACAUGUGGAUGCCCAAGGAAGAAUCUACUUGCCAUAUUUACAAAACUGGAGCCAUCCACAGUCAAUGAUUGUAGGGUUGAUAAAGGAAAUGAUCAUGAAAUUUGAAGAGGAGCUCCCAUUGUAUUCAUUAUCCUCUGUUGAUGCAGCUAGACAGUUGGAGUUGCUGUCUUAUAUUGCAAAAAUCACUGAAGGUGAAAACAACAUGCAAUCCAAGGGAGAUGAGAAGAAAAAUGACAGAGAAUUUAAUAAAAUUACAAUAGUUGGAGCAGGAGAUCUGGGCCUUGCCUGUGCACUAGCUAUUUCAGCAAAGGAUAUUGCUGACAAGGUGAUGGUUUUGGACUGCUCUGAAGGUACUGUAAAAGGGGGCACAAUGGAUCUGGAAAUCUUUGCCUUGCCAAAGGUGGAAAUCAGCAAAGAUUUUUCUGCCUCUGCGCACUCAAAAUUGGUGGUGCUUACAGUGAAUUCUUUAGGCAGUGCUGACUCCUAUCUGGAUGUUGUACAGAGCAAUGUGGAAUUAUUCAGAGGCAUUAUUCCAUCAGUAGCACAUUACAGUCAAAACAGCGUACUGCUUGUGGCUUCUCAACCAGUGGAAAUAAUGACAUAUGUAUCCUGGAAGAUGAGUGGAUUUCCUCAAAGCAGAGUUAUUGGCAUUGGUUGUAAUCUGGAUUCAGCAAGAUUUCAACAUAUUAUUAUAAAUGUGUUGAAAGCCCAAACCAGAGGCAAAGAUAAUUGGAUUAUUGGUGAACAAGGAGAAGACAAAGUGACAGCAUGGAGUGCUACCAAUAUCGUAACAAAUCAGCAUGAUGGAGAUGUAACAAACCAUAAUGCCGAGCAGCAGUUGGCUAACAGAGCCAUAGAAGUUUUGAAAGGCAAAGGCCAAAGGUCCUGGUCUGUUGGCCUAUCAAUAGCUGAUCUCGCUGACAGCAUACUGAAUGAUAAAAGAAAAGUACAUUCCAUAUCAACUAUGGUGAAGGGAUGUUAUGAUAUCAACUGUGAAGUAUUUUUAAGUAUACCCUGUGUCCUUGGAAUUAAUGGAAUAAUUGAAAUGAAUAGACUGUCAGAUCAGGAUGCUGUAGCAGAGAAACUGCGGUCCAGUGCUGCAUCAAUUCAUGAUCUUCAACAGCAGCUGAAGCUUUGAAUAGUGUGGAGGAUCAUUGUGUUCCUAAAAAUACUUGAGAUUAAAAAAAAAAGAAGAAACUGAAACACUAUUCCUUUUCUGGCUGCUUAAACGUUACCUCACAACACUGAAGCUUUAUUACACUCCAGCAUAUUUAAUAAUAGAUAGAAUCAAAACGCUCUGACCACAUGUUUUCUUGAUAAUCAAAAUAAUGCAAGUUCAUAUAUAUUUUAUUAGAAUGUAAAGUGUUGACAGAAUAUCAAUUUUGUAAUGUGGAACUUAGUUCUGUUGUUACAUUCUGGGUCAAAUGUGUUAUUUUGCUGUUUUGUUUUUGUUGUUGUUCUUGGGCCAUAUAACCUUGCCUAUACAUAGACUUUUUCCAGUAACAAUAAUGAAUAGUGUUUUUCAUCCUCUCCUCUGUGUCACACUUAGUAUACAGAACUACAAUGGGCUUCUAACAACCACCAAUUAACUCCCUUCUCAAACUGUCCAUGCAAGAAAAUUGGUUCUGUUCAUAGGUCAUUUUUUAACCAUUUGUUACACAUCUAUAGUGUGUGUGAUAAGCUAUUGCCACCUUGCAUUUAUGGACAGAACUGUAAAAAAUGUGUAUUAUACAGUCUUCCCUCCUAACUCGUGGAUCUAAGAUAUCUGUGGAGGGGUGGCCUGCACUAUUUCUAGUGGUGUAUGUACCUGGUGCGCAUGCAGGAGGCCAACACACACACAAAUGAAUGAAACUUAUACUUACUAACUGCUGUGGUUUGAGCUUUGUUAUAUCAAAUGUAUAUUCUUAAGAAAACCUUGUCCAAGAUCCAGAUCCACUCUUCUGUGUAUGUACUGCUGCUUUAUGCCUCUUCCUUUCUCCUGCUCCAUGAAAACCAUGCUCCAGGGCAGAAUAACGUGUGAUUCUCCAGAGCCAACUGAGCACAGUAGAAGUGAUGGAGCAGGAAAUUUUGCGACUUCUCCACAUGUACAUAUUAGUGCUUUUAGCUUACACAUGGAUUGCAAGAUUCUGGUUGGUAACUUGUAAAUGCAAUAUUAGAUGGGCUGGUUACAUGUAAGGGUAUUAAGAAAUGUAUUAAGACACACAGCUAUUUUUGGAUAAUGUCCCCUUUAUUCAUAAUAUGAUCUUUCUUUUAGAUUUUUUAAAAUUAUGGUUUAAAACAAUAAUGAUAAGAAUGUACUUACUGGAUAGUUAACCAAAAUUUACUAGACUGAAACUUUAAAUGGUGAUUCAGCAACUCAGGGUACAGCAUGUGUGGACUAAUUUUAAUUCUAUAUAUCUGAGUAAUCUUUUAUUUUAUCUUUAAUUAAUAUUUACUAGGUCACAAUGCACUGUUCCGGAUUUUGCACUGAUCGGUUUUAGCAUUUUUUUCCCAUUAGUUGCUAAAUAUUUGUCAGCCUGGAUAUGAAUGUAUAUAUUUUGUACUUUCUAUACAACUAGAUGAAAUUUUGCCUUUCCUUUUGCAUUACACAUGUAAGCAAAUUCCAUAUGGGGAAAAAUAGAAAAAGAAAGGUAACUUCAAUAAAAGUAUCUAAAGAACUGGG